CGUGAACGGAGAUUUAAAUACACUGUAUAAAGACCUUCUCAGUUUAAAGUUAAUUGUUGAGAACGUUUAAUACAUUGAUCGUCAGCGGAAAUGUGUUGUUUUUCAGGAUAUUCUGUCGAUAUAUCAAUAAACUAAGAGUAAUUAUUGAAGGAGAGAGCGAAUGAAGAAAUGAGUACACUGGACUAGAGUUUGCAUCUUUAGUUGAUUUCAGUAGACAAACUCUGCUUCAUAAUGCCGCUUCAAACGGGCCUCGCUUUUCACAGAAAGCGACAGACACUGGAAAACCUGACGUUAGAAAGACCACAAAAUUUACAGAGCUUCUACGAAGCAGUGGAAGACGCCCUGAAAAAGAUCGAAAACCACCUCCGUUACGUCGAGUUAGAAUACUAUGGAGUCGAGAGGUCCCCGGAUGAAGAGAUAAAGGCGUGGUUACCGGCACUUACGACCGUGAUGGGCCACGCUAAGACCGGGAUCUUAGUCUCUAAACAACAGCUUAAAGACGUGUUCGAUCUCUACGACCGGUCUAUUGGUGACCCUACGAUGAUCGUAAAACUUGACAAGGAGGCCGUGCAGACGACUCUUGAGGUCAUUAGCAAGGUCGAGUUAUAUAUAAGACACAAAUUUGAAAACAUCAUCAAUGGGAUUUUACUUGUAACGAGCUACAUGAAGAAAUACUGUCUUAGCUUUAGUGGCAUUAGCGGCGAUGUGUAUUUGGAAACAGCCACGAACUAUGAAAAGCAGCGCCGAGAGCUAGCCGAAGCUAUACAGAUCAAUUUGGAUGAUAUUCCGGUCAUGAUGGACAAGUUUGAGAAUGACGGCAUACGAUUAACAGAACUAGGAUCCGUGCCGAGAAGAAUUGCCGAGCGCCUGGAGUGUGGUCACGUGCCUUUUCUGGUGAUGUUCGCGGGAGCUUGUGAAAAUAUCAGAAAUGCUUGUAUAGGUGUCAGGAAAUGGAUACAGGCGGAUGAUGGCUAUUCGACAUUCAUUCAAUUCGACAUUACGGACUUGGAAAAGAAGAAAGAAACUGAUAGUAAAUUACUUCGAGAUUUACAAGUAAAAGUUUCACAUCUUGACCAUCGGUUAAAAGUCUGCAAACGCGAGAUUCAGGAAUGCGUCGGCGAGUUGAAAAGAGUCGCAGCGAAAGAGAAAAGUCUCAAAAAGCACGAGGAACAACUGAAAACGGAUCUACGAGAAAUAGUUAUGGAACUAGAAAUGAAAGAGCGACAACGUGAAGAUACACUUCAUGAAUCGUCGGUGUUGACGCAUAAAGAAAGAGAACAGUUAGAAAAACUAACGAGUGAAAUCGAACACAUGAGGCUGAAGAAGCCAGUUUUGGAACGGAAAGCAGACGACCUGAAACGGAAACUAGAGUUCAUGAAAUUUAGGAGAGAACUAAAGAGUAAGCGGGAAACUCAACUCCAAGAGGUUAAAGAGGAGCUUCGUGAGGCCAAACGCGAAUUACGAAGGACCGAAUCUGAAUGCGAGCGUCUGGAAAGGAAUAUCAUUAAACUGCGAGAAAUCCAUCGAUUCAAAACAAGUCCGGAAGUGCUGAAGAAACUGUUUUACAACAUGCCACUGACUCACAAGGGGACGGGCGCUGGGGGCGGGAAGAAAAAGAAAGGUGUUGUCAUCGUUAUUCCGGAUUUGCCAUUUGCAGAUUCUGACAAGCUCGAGAAGGCCACAAGAGUGACAGCCACGCUUAUUGACAAAGACUGGAUCCCUCUGUACCGCACCCUACCUUUCCAUCCACCCAGGGGCGAGGAAAACCUGAGAGUGGACAUAGACGACAUCACGAACACAUUUCUUAGGGACACCCUCGAAGUCCAUGCCAAGCAGGCGCUCUAUAGAUGGCGCCGCAUGCAUACGAGGGCUAGUGUUGAUGACCUGAAGAAAGCAUUGACUGCUAUUAAGCGGAAAGACAUCGCAGAUAAAGUAGACGAGGAGUUAUCUAAAAAAAGAGCAGUCAAACCUAAAACUUCUUCUGCUGUGAAAUUUCCCAAGGUGCUCGUUCAGACCCAACAGGUGCGUGUUCGACACAGUUUAUCAAAUCCGAUCAAAUGACGUCAUAAUUAGUGAUCUAUGUAAUACAAAUUCAAGUACAAGCCAAAGGUUUGAAUUUAAAAUAAAAGAGAUUUAUU